AUGAGCCGUGAGGCUGUGACGGGACGACAGUCAUUUUCACCACCAGAUUCCGGCCGCUCCACGCCCAUUCCUCGGACCACGAGGAAGACUGUCGAAGGCGACCUGUACAAGGCCGACAAGAGUCUCCGCCGAUAUGCUGCAAACAUUGAACGAGCAUUGAGCUCGUGGGAGAUCUCACCGGAAGAAUGGGCCGACUAUAUUGCCUUUUUGGGCAGGUUGCUCAAGGCCAUUCAGAAUCACCCAAAGGAUGCUCCCGUUCUGCCUCAUAGCGAUGCCAUAGCCACACGAUUAGCGCAAUGCUUGAAUCCUGCGCUACCCUCUGGAGUGCAUCAAAAGUCGUUGGAGGUCUACACCUACAUUUUCUCCGCAUUCGGAAACGACUUUCUCGCUGGACUUUUACAUGAAUACCUCCCGGGUCUGACUGCAGUCUUGUCAUUUGCAUCCUUGUCUGUGCGACCAGGCCUCUACAGCUUAUACGAGGACCACAUCAUUUCGCUGCCUCCCUUAUCCCUCCGUCCGGCGCUGAAAUCUUUGACACUCAGUCUGCUACCUGCAUUGGAGGACGAGACCGGUGAGGAUUUCGAUCGGGCCUUUCGCAUUCUGCAAUCUCUGGAGCACGCUUUUACAUCGGACUUAAACACGGAUCAGGACGUGGACGGCUAUUUCUGGCAGUGUCUAUUUCUGGCCGUUGUAACAAGUCCAACCAGACGUCAAGGUGCGCUGAAUUACCUCGUUCGAAAGUUGCCCAAAUUGCCUCCAAAGUCCACUAAGGGUGGGCGAGAAGACGAGCAGACUCGUCGCGGAGCUGAGACUAUCGUCUCGCCGGAACCUGGUUUGCUCAUUCGCUGCUUUGUUUGUGGCCUUUCUGACUCUCAGAUCUUGAUACAAAGAGGUUUCCUCGAUCUAUUGGUGACGCAUCUGCCUUUGAGUUGCGAUGUGCUUCAACAGAGAGUCGGCAACGCCGACCUCGAUCGGUUGGUGACCGCGACCACACUGGUUCUGCUCCGCCGAGAUAUGAGCCUGAACCGACGACUAUGGAGCUGGUUUCUGGGCCCGGAGCCCAAAGAAGAAAUCAACGACAGUCGGACGUCAUCACCAGAGGCCCAUCACAAGGAUUCUCACACAUCAAGUGCCAACACACAAUUGCGCUACUUCUCUUCAUACGGCAAGUCCAGCCUGCAACGAUGCAUACUCGCCAUGCUGCAGGAUCAUGGACAAAGUAAACCAGCCCAGCGCGCGCGACCAUUUCGAGUCUGCCUCUCGCUGAUGGAUCGGUGGGAGAUCGGCGGAUUGCUUGUUCCCGACAUAUUUUUGCCUGCGAUGAGGAGCCUCUAUGAAUACAGCUUGUCAGCACCCUCCAGCGACGUCACUGAAGUCGUGCGGAGCGCAAGCCUAUUCUUUGACGGUGUCGAGGCCAGUUUGAUUUGGGAGUGUCUCCUCGGCAUUGUUCGAGACACCAUGAGUGGAUCGUCACCAAGUCUGAACGGCAUUGAACUGUUCCGGUGGAUCGUCGGGACUUUUAACGUCAAAGACGAGGAGAUGCUUACCGUGCAUAUCCCGAUUGCGAUGCUAUAUCUCCUUGCAUAUGCAACAGGAUCGCCUCAGUCGCCCAAGGCGAAGCUGCAAUUGGUUGGCGCUGCACUGCAACUCUUGAACAUGGUGCCGGCGAGGGUGCUCCAAGCCGGCGACUCUGGAGUAACGAACACGCCCAGUGAAACGCUAGUCCCUGAUGCGACUGUACAGGACGCAAUUCGCGACUUCUACCGGGAUGCGGACCGUGGCGGCGAGAGGCGUCCGCCUUUUGGCAAUGCUGAGAUUUCGCGCCAGCUUUCCCUGCGAAUAGCCUCGGUCCUCACAGACUCAUACACCGCGCUGGACAUGGAUCUUUACUCCGAGUCAGCAGCUCUAUUUCUUGGUCUGCUUUCGAGAACAUCGCACUCACGACCCAAGGGACCGCAGCUGCGCGACACACUGAUCGGCGCAUUCGAGAUAGCCGCCCGCGAGCGGAGGAUCCUACCUUUCCCCGUCAUUUCAUGGACCAUCUCGUUGACUGCUGCCUUGAGCUCUCCCCCACCGUACUUGACAUUGGGAGACAUCGUUCGGGUACAGCCACUACUGACGUCACAACUAUGGGAGUACAUGUCUCCAUCGAUGCCGAAGUACCAUGUCGAAGCAGUGAAAGCAUUCUGGCAGCUCGAGAAGCUGGUCGAUUCCGGCGAUGCAAUGACUGCGACCCUCGCAACUCUCAUGCGAGACAUGCCACCGACGAUGGAACAAUCUCAAGAUGGCAGCGCAGAGGCAAUUCGCCGCUUCACGGUCCUCUGGCGGCAUUCCGUCUUGUCUCCAAAUACCGCUACGGGUGGCGGGCGCAAGAGCAGCUCCAUCUCGAUAAUUACCGACGCAAAGCAAGCAGCACGGCAUCUGGACAUUCUGGAACACCCUUUAGUCUUGGUCCUGGAUGCUUUGGCAAGUCCCACCAAUCCUACAUUCGAAGUCGCAAGAAAUUGGUUACAGAGUGUUGCGAGCCUCGAGCAUGUUUUCCAGAUCCUCCUGCGGCGCCUCAACGAGUGCAGUACAGCAAUUGCAUCGCUAGAGAGUGCCGAUACGAGGUCUCAAAAACGCGACCAAGAUGGACUCCUGCGGGAGCUGGACUACAUUUUUCAUCACUUCGAGAAUCUACUUGAGCAUGGCAGUCAGUGGACAUGGCGCUGCUUAAGCAGCAGUUUCACCUUGAACGAGGCCAAGACCGACGAGAAAGAUGGACUUCAGGUGCUCGCCGAGAAGUGCGUAGCACUGCUCUGUAGCGACCGCCAUCCGUCGGAAUCGCUGAACAGACGACUCAUAGCAGUGCUGGAUCUGCUCAUCUCUGGUCCGGUAUCCGAACAGCUAAAGGCACUGCAGCUGGAAGUAGCGCUCUUGGACCGCCUCAUGAGUUGCAUUAAAGGAUCUAUGAGUACGCUCCAAGGCGGAAUGCUCAGGGUGACCCAUCUUGCCUUGAAGCUCCGCCUCUCUACCACCUCUCUCGGCGACCAGACGGGAGAACCACAACGAGCUUCGUCUUCGACAAGGAAGCCGUUGGUCAUAGCUUCAAGCCAGGCCGCGACCUCGGCGUCUUCUCUACCGCAAAAUCUUGGGCCGCCACCUUCAUUGUUCAAGUGCCUGCAACUAGGCUUCGCGAGUUCCCGGACACGCAAUCAUCUCGAUCAGUGGCUUCAAUUUCUUGCUGAUGUCCUUCCGAUGUUUGCCGAUGCGAUCUUUGCCAACCUCUUACCUCUCGUCGAAUGUUUCUGCAAAGAGCUGCUCAAGGCGCAUGGAGAGAUGGUCGCAAUCUCGCGGAAAGAGAGUACUGCCAGUGCUACAGCUUCGGAGUCGGUCAUCAUGAGCCUGCUGGAGGGCUUAGAGAUGGUGCUUGAUCGGGCGUACCAAUGCUUGAUGGUCGAAAGUGCCGAUGAGCCCGCUACCAAAGAAGCUGACACCAAGCCGGGCUUCUUCGGAAAUGUCGCGGCUGGCAUGUUCAAAGCUGAGGGUCCUCCGAGCAGGACUUCGCAGGCAAAUAGUCGCCUGACAGUCAUUCUCACCUUCCAAGACAGCAUCCGCGUGGCGCUGAAGAUGUGGCUGUGGGCGAGCAGUGCUGCGGACUCCCUCCACUUCGACCCCUCCAGUUCUGCUACGACAUCGUACAAUGCGCUAAAGGUGCGCAACAAGACUCGCCAUCUCCUUGAGGAGAUCUUCUCGAUUGAGCCGCUGGAAAGCCUGGAGGUUGUGAUGAAACAUUGGUGCACUAUGACAGAAGACUCUGAGGCGUCCGCCACUCUGUCUGUCCUUCACGUUAUGCAAGUAACGAGACCGAAGAACGUUGUGCCCGCAGUUCUGGAUGCACUUUGCAGUCGCACAAACGCAAUUACUCUUCCGGCUCCUCGACAGUCUAGUCUGACCACGGAUCUCUCACCCUCAGACGUGGCGAUCUUCCUGACGGCAUACCUCGCAUCCAUCGAAGACGAUGCCAUGGACGAAGUUUGGCCCGACUGUUUGACAUUCUUGCGGGAUGUGCUUUCAAAUCCACUCCCACAUCGACAGGUCUUGCCGCACUUGCUUGCAAUCAUCUUACUGCUAUCCGACAAGCUGAACAACACGAAUUUUGGUGAACAGAAAAAAAUGAGACGAGAACUCGGCGACAUCUUUCAGCGACUUCUCGCCGCCACUUUCACCACCUUGCCAUCUGGCUACGUAACCGAGCCUGUACUGCAAGAAGAUGCGAAAGGCGACCGCGCCUCGAGACACGCCACGCUUGAGCACUCCAUGACGCUUUUGCCAGUCCUCAUUCAGGUCACAGAUAGGCUGGACCUGAUCUUAGAAACGCAGGAGAGGAUCGCAACCACCAUCAACACCAUCACAGGAAGUCUCAUCUCCUCAAUCUUCCGCGCGAGAUCAUUUCCGAAGAAUGUCGGUAAGGAUGUGCUUACUCUACUCGUCAACAUGGCCCGCAAGGCACCGGGUGCAAAGCCAUGGAAGAAAGAGAUUUCCGAUGCCUUCAACGAUACUAAGAUCCUGUCUGCUCCGCCUGAGCUCAUGACUACAGGAUGGUUUCCAGCUUUUCACCAGUGGUCCCUCCACGACCGUGAGCGCAUGCCCGAACUCCUCUCCCGGCUCACUCCUCCCUCAAUCGCAGGCAUCAUGUUCGGCGUCGGAGCCAGCGCCGCCCGCCUCGAAGCCGAUCGCAAAACCCAGCUCAACCUCCGCAGGAUCUGCCUCCUUCUCCUGGCAUCUCCCGAAGAUACGUAUGUCGCAAACCUUCGUCCGCUGGAGGAGAAACUCGCUGAGUUGUUCGACGCUACACCGUCUUCUUCGCCUUCCUCGGCGAUCAAGGCCGAGCUGUUUAUGCUUUGCAGGACGCUCACGGUGUCUGUAUCUCCAUUCCACCUUGCACCAUUGUGGCCCGUCAUCAACGAUAAGCUACAGUCGGCGCUGCUUUCCUUGCUGCCAACCGCGAAGAACGAACCACAGGGCUUCAACAAUUUGUCCCUCUUUCAAGCUUGUAAACUGCUUGACACUCUGGUCGCUGUUUCUCCGGAUGAGUUCCAACUCCACGAGUGGCUGUACAUCUCCGAUACCAUCGACGCCGUCUACCAGCCUUCCGACUUCGUUCCUGCCGCACUGUCGGAUCAUCUCUCCGGAGCUCUGGCAUCGAGCGGUAUUGACGACACACUCCUCGCCACGACCUCGAAUAGCAACGUGGCUGGUUUGAGCCCGCGUGAAGCACAAAGAGGGCGGCGCUGGUUGCUGCUAGGCGAUGAUUUGAAUGUCGACAAAGAUGACAUCAAAGCUUUACCGCGAGAGGAGUUUGUGGCACAGGUCAUCAGGCCGUUUCUGAGUCAAUUGAGCAUUCACGCUUACGAAGGGGUGUACAGUCUGGAUGAAGUGGAUAGGGAGGCGCUGAGGAGGAACCUGCUGGGCGACCUGCUGGAUGGAGGAAGCGUGGUUGAAUGA